UGCUGCCUACGAUAACCGCUGCUGCUACAUCAGCUUCGUCGAGGUGCGUGGUCGACUGCCAAGGAAACGAGCCAGCCAACAUCCAAGUUUUCCGUACCAGCGAUGCUUCAUACCCGGACAUCCAGCAGAAGAAGUGGCGGCCGGUGGUCCUCAGUCGAGGGUGGCAAUCCCCAUCGUCAGCAACAGCAACGCAGUCACCAGAUAUAAACUGUGGGCGGCCGUCAACACAGCUUUGUGGGCUCGGCGACUGCGCAUCUGCACAGCUCGCUAAACCUUUUGCUUUUGCAAUGCAGAUCGUCACCUUCGCUACUGUGCAUUUCCUGCUGCCUACGAUAACCGCUGCUGCUACAUCAGCUUCGUCGAGGUGCGUGGUCGACUGCCAAGGAAACGAGCCAGCCAACAUCCAGGUUUUCCGUACCAGCGAUGCUUCAUACCCGGACAUCCAGCAGAAGAAGUGGCGGCCGGUGGUCCUCAGUCGAGGGUGGCAAUCCCUAUCGUCAGCAACAGCAACGCAGUCACCAGAUAUAAACUGUGGGCGGCCGUCAACACAGCUUUGUGGGCUCGGUGACUGCGCAUCUGCACAGCUCGCUAAACCUUUUGCUUUUGCAAUGCAGGUUAGUCAACCAUACGCUCUCUUUGCUAAAAAAUCUAGCAAUUAUUUCCUGAUGCAGUUGCCGAGCCCGCACUGCUGUGCCGCCAUUGCUGUCGAAUGUGCUCAUAUUAUUCAUGCCUUGCUGAUUUUGGCCGGUGAUGUGGAAACAAACCCGGGUCCUAACAUUCCUGAAAACCUACUAACCGAAUUGCGAAAACUAACCGCCGGUCAGAACCAGCUGAUCACUGAAAUUCAUGGCCUUAAGUCGCAACUUACUUCUACUGAUAAAGCAAUUACUGAUCUAAGCAAACGAAUGAAUGAUCUUGAGAGUCACUACCAGACGCUUUUGCCCAUUCGAAACGAAGUGGAUGCAAUGCGCACCACGACUGAACAGGCUAUUUCUCGCAUUUCCGAGCUCGAAGCACGUAUCGACGAUGCCGAAAAUCGCUCACGGCGGGACAACCUAAUUUUUUACGGCAUUCCUGACCCUUCCAGCUCGGAAACCACUGCCGACUCCGAAAGGUUGAUUGUGGAACUUUGCCGCGAUAGGUUGCAACUAACCAUCGACCCAAAAGAAAUAGAACGUGCACAUCGCAUCGGUCGUCACUCCGCCAAUCACUCUCGCCCCCUGAUAGCAAAAUUUACUUUCCAUAAAACCAAAGUUAACAUCCUUUCGAGUGGCCGAAAGCUUAAGGGCACUGACUACAGUAUUAGCGAGGACUUUUCGCGAUCAGUACGAAAUUCCCGAAAACAUCUCGUUGCUUUCGCAAAAGGUAAAGGCGUCCCGUUUUCACUCCGCUUUAAGACUUUAUUCAUCGGUUCAAGAAGAUACACCUUUGAUGCCGCCUCGAGUAGUGUCAAAGAGUUGUCAUAGCAGCUACUUCACCCCAAACAGAAAAAUAACACAACACCGACUUGCUCCAGAGAUAGCGCUUCGCUUUCUAUAAUAUACACGAACGUGCGCAGUUUCCUCCCAAAGC